AUGGCAGACGAAAAGGCCAACCACACCAUCGACUCCGACUCCGACCGCGCCGAGGCCCUCAACAGAUUCCGCUCAGCGGCGAGCAUCGCCAUGACACCCGAGCUAUUUGAGAAGCUGUACCUGUCGCCGCAGAGCAAGGUCAAGGGCCACCUAAGGGAUACGUUUGGGAAUCCCACGCCAAUUGCCCUUGUUGGCUUCCUCAUGGCUCUCACGCCAUUGUCCUGCAACCUCAUGGGCUGGCGCGGAGCAAGCGGCGGCGGCGCAGCAACAAUCCCCGUCUACUUCUUCCAAGCCGGCAUCCUCAUGACCCUCGGCGGCCUCCUCGAAUGGAUCCUCGGCAACAGCUUCCCCGCCGUCGUCUUCUGCUCCUUCGGCACGUUCUGGCUCUCAUACGGCGGCGUUCUGAAUCCUUCCUUUGCCGCGUUUUCUUCGUAUGCUGGGCCUGGUGACGAUGCUGCCGAGGGGCUCCAGACGACUGGCUUCAAUGCUAGCUUAGGGUUCUGGUUCCUGUUCAUGGGAUUGCUGUCCCUCGUUUUCCUCGUCUGCUCGCUCCGCACCAACGUUGCCUUUUUCAUCAUCUUCUUGACAUUGACCAUUACCUUUGGGCUCCUGACCGGAGCAUAUUGGGCCAUGGCAGAAGAUUUUACGGGGAAUGCCUCUUAUGCUCACAAACUCCUUGUGGGCGCCGGGGCUUCGGCUUUUGUAACGUGUCUGGCUGGGUGGUACAUCUUGUUUGCUAUUUCGCUUGCGAUUGUGGACUUUCCGAUUCAGAUUCCUGUUGGAGAUUUAAGCAACGUGAUUAAGGGGAGGUCGAUCAGGGAGAGGUGA